AUGGCAUUUUCAAGAGCCAAUGGUCCUCUAACAACUUGCCUACGGCAACUAGUGCGCUCAGAGGGGUACGGCCCGUCUCACAAUCCUCACAUCAUGCAAUUUACUGACCAAAUCAGCCCAGCUCCCCUCCGAUCGAUAGCCGCUACACCCCGCGUCUUCAGCACGUCUCCCUCUCUGCUCAAGAAGCGCAAGAUUACGGCCCCGAGUAACAGCCCCAACAGCGCCAAUGCGAAGGCAGCUGCAGGCUCCAUGAACAAGGCCGAGUUCGAUACUGCAAAGGUGCCGAUGCCGGAUCCGGAAGAUCCCCUCGAUUUUACAGCUGUCAUUGCUGCUUAUGCUCCUAUUGAUGCGCACUUCAAGACCCAGCUGGCUGGUAUGAUUCAUGGCGGACGAUUCAACCCUACCAAUUUGGGAUCCCUGCCUGUGCCCAUGAAGGAUCAUGACGGUAAUGAUGUGACAUUCCCUCUACGAGAGCUGGCGCAAGUCGUUCCUCGGUCAGGUCGAGCUAUUUCACUGCUCGUGAACGACAAGGAGUACAUCAAGCCUAUCAUGUCAGCAGUGCAGGCAAGUCGUGAGUUCAACCAGCAACCACAGCGAUCAGAGGACAACGAGCUUGAGCUUCUCCUCAAGGUGGAGCUUGAGCGCAAGGACGACGUCGAGCGACGGAUCAAAGAGACAGUACAGCACUGGAAGGACCGCAUUCGCAAUGCUAGAUCCAGACAUGAAAAGACACUCAAGGACUGGAAGAAGUCAGGCACUGUCCUCCCUGACAUUGUCAAGAAGGCCGAGAAGGAGCUUCAAAAGGUACAAGACAAGAAGAUGAAGGAAAUUGACCAGGAAGAAGCACAGACCAUCCGUCAACUAUAG